UGAGAUCCUAUCAGGCCCACUGGCCCAGAGGUAUGAACAGCACCCAGUCCAGCCCUGUCGCCUUCUUCAUCAUCCAGGGCCUGGCCAGUCUGGGGGAGAAGAAGAUGAUCCUGUUUAUCAUCUUCCUGCUGGCCUACACCGUCAUCCUAGGUGGAAACAUCAUGAUCAUCUACCUGGUCCGGACCGACCCGAAGCUGGGCUCCCCCAUGUACUUCUUCCUCCACAACCUGUCCAUCGUGGACAUGAUUUACACAACGGUCACCAUCCCCAACAUGUUGUCAGGCUUCCUGACUGAGGUCAAGACUGUGUCCGUCCCCGGCUGCUUCCUCCAGAUGUACUGUUUCAUCCACAUGUCUGUUACCGGCCGCGCCCUGCUGACCGCUAUGGCCUACGACCGCUAUGUGGCCAUCUGUAAUCCUCUCCGCUAUGCUGCUUUGAUGACCCGCCCCGUCUGCCUGCUACUCAUCAUUGGGGCUUGGACAUUCGGUGCCAUCUGCACCUUCCCAACCACUAGCAUGGCAAUGCAGCGUUCAUACUGUGGACCCAACGUGGUGCGCCACUGCUGGUGUGACCCGUCCUCAGUGAGGCUGCUGGUGUGUGGGGACACUCAGGUGGACAACAUCGUGUCACUGUCUUCUGCUCUCAUAGCACUGCUCACCACGGGUGUGCUCAUCCUCACUUCCUACAUCCUCAUCGGUGUGAAGAUAGCUAAAAUGGGCACCGCAGAGCGACUGAAGGCAUUUAGCACCUGUGCCGCCCACCUGACGGUUGUGUCCAUUUCUUACAGCUCUGCUUCAUUUGUCUAUAUCUCCUACCGUGUGGGAAACUUCUCUCCAGAGGUGCGUAUCAUCGUGUCGGUGCUGUACUCGGCUCUGACUCCUUUCCUGAACCCGAUGAUCUACAGCCUGAGGAACAAGGAGCUGAGAGCGGCCAUCAAGAGGGCCUUCUGCCGACACAGAGACGUCUCACCGCAGAGCCGCAAAACACUCAUCACACUGUCCUGACAGCAAAACAUUCAAUUCAAGCUCCUUUAAAAUAGUUUAUUAUGGGCUAAAAAGUGUGAUCAUUUUCAGAGAUUCCAAAAUAAUGCAAAGUCACUGUUUCCAAUUAUUGUUUGUUGUUUGGAAAGCAGAACAGCUAAAUGUUUCAUUAUCAUGCACUUAUAAACGAAACCAAACAAUAUUUGUGUUUAUCAUUUGGUUCAUUGUGUAGGUUGCACAACUGUAUACAUUUGAUUUAAUAGUUUUAAGUUUAUUGAUAAAACCGAAAUAACAACUGUAAAGUCCUGUUCAAUCGCAUUGUACAAACUAUCAGAUACAGUACUAAAUGGUAUGUGAUUAUACUUGUUUUUAAUCAAUACCAAAGAAACAACAGUCAUUGUUAGGUGAUUAUUGUGUAAUUACAAUCUCGCAAUAUUAUUCCUAAAUAUCAGAGAAAUAGCACACUGUCAAAUAAAGUGUACCAACAGAUUUUGGUUUUGUGCCUCUGCCU